ACACAAGAAACCACUACAACAUUUAGAGUCAGAUAAAACUAAAUGGCGUCCAGAACAGGAGGGGACGUUAAAACCCCAAUUUCCAUUUGUUUUAUUUUUUUGGCGCUCCAAGUUUUUGGUUUUAACACAUUGGGCAAUCUCAAAGAAACUUAGUUGAAAACAUAUUGAUAUAUAAUAAAAAUCGAUACAAUCAUGAUUUUUUUUUAAACGAAAAAAUGAAUUAUCAAGAACAUCAGAUAAAAAACUAAUAAAAAGAACAGUUGAGUUCGGAAUGCGCUGGCGCGCUCGAGGCAGGUGGCUCUCGAGCUAUCGAGCAGUUGGAUACAAGAAGGACUCCUUUCCUAACGGCUGGAAGAUUGAAUUCAGCGAGAUGACGGGAAGCCCUGUCCGUGGUGAGUGAGGACCAGUCGAUCUUCGAGCAGACCUACGGGCCGGUUCCCAUGAAGGGGGAGAUGACGUCCCCGGGCCGGUUCAGCCAGGGCUCGGCGGAGAGCACGGAGGCCACGGAGCCCGAUUGGGGAGGCGUGGGGGGCAGGCCCGUCGUGAAGAGGGAGGAGGAGCACAUCAACGGGUCCCGGUGCGAGAGUGGGGAGUCCCCGGUGGACUGCAGUGUGUCCAGGAGGUCUCGGCACAUAAGCAGCAGUGAGGGGGAGCAGCUGGCCUAUCAGGCCUCUUACCCAGAGCCCCGGAGUCCGCAGACCGCUACCCCCCCCAACAGUGGCACGGAGGAGAAGAGGGUCAUAGUGCCUGCAGACCCUGAGGUGUGGACGCAGGACCAUGUGAGACAGUGGGUGGAGUGGGCCAUCAAGGAGUACUGCCUGGCGGACGUGGACGUGUCCGUCUUCCAGUCCAUGGACGGGAAGGCCCUCUGCAAGAUGAGCAAGGAGGACGUGAUGCGUCUCACCUCUGCCUACAACACCGACAUCCUCAUCUCACACCUCAAUUACCUCCGGCAGAGUAGCCCCACUUUCUCCUACCCCACAGCCCCUAUCAACAACACACAGCCACAGCAGCCCCGCCUGCAGGUGAAAGCAGAGAACAGCUAUGAGGAGAUCAGCAGGAGGAACAGCUGGUCAACGACCCCUCUUCCUGCUGUACAGAAAGGUUCUCCCAUAGAACACCAGCACACCACCAGGGUAACGGAUCCCGCGCCUCGACACGUUCAAGAUCCAUACCAAGCCCUUGGACCAAUCAGCAGCCGCUUAGCCAAUCCAGAGUCCCUCCCUCUCCACAAGCAGCGCCGAAAAGCCAAACUUAAUUCAUACAAGCUGUCCGAAACCAGCACUCACAGGAUUGUGGGCUCGGGGCAGAUCCAGCUGUGGCAGUUCCUGCUGGAGCUGCUGUCGGACAGCGGCAACGCCAGCAUCAUCACGUGGGAGGGCACCAACGGCGAGUUCAAGAUGACGGACCCGGACGAGGUGGCCAAGCGCUGGGGCGUGCGCAAGAGCAAGCCCAACAUGAACUACGACAAGCUGAGCCGCGCCCUGCGCUACUACUACGACAAGAACAUCAUGACCAAGGUGCACGGCAAGCGCUACGCCUACAAGUUCGACUUCCAGGGCAUCUCGCAGGCGCACCAGAACCACGGCGGGGAGGUGGGAGUGCUGAAGUACCAGCACGAGCCCUACGUGCAGCCCUACCACAGCCACCAGCCCAAGGUCAACUUCAUGGGGGCGCACACCGCCGCCCCCAUGCCCGUCACCUCCGGGAGCUUCUUCGGGCCUCCGUCCACGUACUGGAACUCCACGACCACCGCCAUCUACCCCGGCACCGCCAUGCCACGACACCCGGGAGCCCACUCGCACCUCAGCACCUACUACUGAACCCGUCGCCCCCGGCAACAGAGCCGUUUCCCUCUCCCCCGCCCCCCCGCCCCCUACUCGAGAGUCAAUAUACCGUAUUUCCAGCAAGUUACCGGACUCGGUUUACAAGUCUACAUUACUACAAUUCCAAAGGGUUAUUUUGUAUAUUCUCUGUAAAAGUUGAGUUGUAAAUAUAAAAUCCACAAUGAAUUCCAGGAAUUAACAAUCAGUGGACAAAAUGCAAAAAAGCCGAAUGCAAUUAAUGCAGUGUUAUUUCUAUUUUCAUUUUAACCAAGAAGGAAGUUACGCCUAAAGUCCUAGAUAAUUGUGUAGAAUUUUGGUUCACAAUCCAUUUUCUACUGGUAUUUUAAUGUGCAUAUAUUAUUUCUAAUUGUACAGACCAAUACACAUGUUGUAGCUCUUUUUAUUUCCCAUGUUACUAUAUUUGUUUCUAUAUAAUGUAGCACUCUAUGAAAAUAAAGUAUAUUUGUAUAGUUGGAA